ACUACAAAUGGUGGUUCACAUCCACAGCACCAAGAUGAGCGACAGCGGCCACCAGCAGCACAAGGUGGAGGCCAACAUCCUGGUCCUAGGAGCCGAGAACGUGGGCAAAUCAGCUCUGACGGUUCGCUUCCUGACACGCAGGUUCAUUGGAGAAUAUGUUGGCACAGAGUCCAUCUACACCCACAACAUCAUGGUGGACGGAAGAGAGACCUGCUUCUGCAUCUGGGAUUCUGUCUGUCCUCAGAACCCGAGCCCUCAGACGUGCGUCAGCGAGGAGCAGCUGCGCUGGGCGGACGGUUUCAUUCUUGUCUACAGCAUCUGUGACCGCGACAGCUUCAAUGUGGUGCGACAGCAGCUCCAGAGAAUCCGCCAUCUGAAGAAGCGUCGCGGCUCCUCGCCCAUCAUCAUAGUGGGUAACAAGCGGGAUCUCCAGCACCAUCGGGAGGUCUCCAGCGAGGAGGGUCGCCUGCUCGCCAUUUCUUCAGACUGUGACUUCUUUGAGAUCUCGGCGGCGGAGACUUAUCACGGCUCCUUGGUGGUCUUCCAUCAGCUGCUGGAGACAGUGAGGGAGAACCGGAGCUCCAUCAAGAAGAAUGCGGGCAUCAAGGGCAUCGUGAGGAGCAUGUCAGCCGUCUUUGGGAGAAGAAGAAUUGAGUGAGGUCGCUGAAGAACCUCGGGUCUGUGACCCCUCACUAGACUCUUAGAGACUGAGUCCGAGCUGGGAUGCAGUGGAGUUUGGUGCUCAACCAUGGACCAUUCACUGGGUAUUGCUGGACUAAAUGCUUCCACCAUGGGCACUAAUGUCUACACCUGGUGGAGUGGUCACCGGUGACUGGUGCACCCCCUCGUGCCAUAGCAGAACUUGGGCUCGGUGGAAUCCAGACUAUUAUGCAACCAUGUGGUAGCCCAUGUGCCUACAGAGGUGCCAUCCCAAUCCCACAAUGCUCUGGGAGAGGACUAUAAAGGGCUAGCUUUGGUUUAUUACUGUUAGUUUAGGAGUGUUAUUUGCACUACGUGGGAGAAUGGGUCACAAUAUGGCGGCAUUCUUCCCAGCCUUCUGAACUGCUCCUACAACAGGGGGGUAGAGAUUUGUAAAAUGUGGUACAGGGUAUAUAAGCCAAGCCUAUGAUUUUCCUUGGAGCUAGUGAUGGAGCACCUGUGUCUCUAGCUUCUAAGGAAUUCAUAAGGAAACUGAGAUUUUGGCGCGUAUGUUACGGGCGUUCUCAAAAUUGCACAUUGGAUUGUUAAUUCUUUGCAUUUGUAGCUGCUCUUCCCAGUGUGGAGGCUGUAAAUAUUUAUGUAUAUAUGUAUGUAUAUAGCUGUAUAUAUGAAUAUAACUUAUACGAGGGGGGGUGGAGCCAUUGUUUACAUGAACAUAUUUAUUUUUUACACUUUUUUUUUUUUUGCAAAUAAAA